AUGUUAUGGACGUGGACAAUGGGUACAGGAAAUCCCACCAAUGUGCUCAGGAGCGGAGCUUCUUGUUACCAUCGCUACCAUAAUCGAGCUCUCGCGUCACUUCGUCUAUCAGUGCGUGGGCGGGUGAGCACUGCUGUUGUCUUUCACAGACGUGUCCUGCAUGCAGGUUCCUCGGCCUCACCGAACCGCCGGCCAAGUUGA